AUGCUAGUAAAACUCGUUUGGCAACGUUCAACAACAGAAGUGAUCCUGAACGCAGCUUGGAGUAAGCUUGUCGCGGGAGAACUCGACGAUAUGAAAUACUACAAAAUAACACUGACUAUUUUGAAAACGUUCCCCAUCAGUGUGUCGCCACAUCAGGCUACAGAAACGGACAAGUUUCUGCUUGGGGGACAGAAUAAACGUCUGUGCAGCAAUGAUGUCCCACGAAGAAGCCCCAGGAAAAAGAUGAUAAAGAUGGAGGAACAUGAGUGCGAAGAGGAGGAGGAAAAGGACCCGUCUUUUGAAGAGUUUUCUCAUCCUAUUCCUUGGCAAAAAAUAGAAGCAGAGGGACUGGACUGUGAUUAUGCAUUGCUCUUCUUGAAAGAAGAGGCAGAUAACCUGUUCAGACAGCUGGAGGAGGAGGUGGUGUACUCAACAGGAGAGGAAUCAAAGGUCCAAGUGUUUGGAAAGGUGUACAACAUACCGAGGAAACAGGCGACCUAUGGGAACGCAGGCCUCACCUACACUUACUCCGGAGUGAGGCAUCUGGCUUCCCCCUGGACUCCGACCUUGGAGUGCAUCCGAAACGCGGUCACAGACGCGACCGGACGGCAGUUCAACUUCGUCUUGAUCAACAGGUACAAAGAUGGACAAGAUCACAUGGGGGAGCAUCGGGACGACGAGAAGGAGCUGGACCCUUCCUGUCCCAUCGCUUCCGUCUCUCUGGGAGCAGCUCGAGACUUCGUCUUUAGACACAGAGACGCUCGAGGGAAACGGAGCAACCGACGGAUCGAUCCCGUGAAGCUGGAGCUGGCUCAUGGAAGCCUGCUGCUCAUGAACCCUCCCACCAAUACCUUCUGGUACCACAGCCUUCCGGUUCGGAAGAAGGUCCUCUCGCCUCGCAUUAAUCUCACCUUUAGACGCAUCUUGGAGGACAUCGCUGAACAGUCAAAGAGGAGCAUUAACAUCAAAAACCCGGAUUAAAGUUUGCAUUUUUAACAAAUACUGCUAUGGUAAAUAAAGAUUUUAAUAUAGUGUCCAAACAUUUCCACUAAAUCUGUUUAAC